AUGCUGAUGACUCUCCUUCUCCCAUUCUCGACUCCUUCGUCGACAGUCAAGGACCUGGUGUCGUUCACAAACUUACCAACUUCUCUGCAACAGAGUUCAACUCACUCUGGGCCGAGCUCCAAGGCAAAGUUCAUCGAUGGUCUCACCGACAAGUGGAGAAUGCAUGCACUGGACAAGGCUGGCCUAUGCUUCAAGAACUAUCCAUUGGCCCUGUACGCUGUGGACGUUACGUUUCAGCAAACCAACGCAUCAGCGGGGUCGUUUGCGGAGAAGAAGCGCUUCUUUAGAAAGAAGCAUAGUCUCUACGGCAUGAAAGUGGAAGCGAGUGUCCUUCCAAAUGGAUAUGCGAUCAACGUGUCGAACGCGGUACCCGGGAGUUUGGCUGAUAUUACAAUCUGCUACGACAACAAUGCAUUUCACCAAUACAUGCUGACCAAGGUCGGCUAUGCAACAACCAUGCCUGACAACGGGAAUUUGGGGAAUGAGUACCCAAACUCAGGGGCAUUGCUGGCUGACAAGGGUUAUCAAGGCCUCUACCGCCAUAUGCGUGCAAUCACCCCUGCGAAGCGCCAUGCCGGUGGUUUAUUGUCGGUGCCAGAAAUGACUGCCAAUGACAGGAUUGCCAGCGAUCGUGUUGUCGUUGAACAUUUUUUUCGGGCGAUUGAAGACACUUUGGACCAUCAUGAGCGAGUCGUACUCUUGGAAGCGUGA